CCCCAAAUCAAUUUCCCAAUUAACCACGCGCCUGGUGAAAUUAGGGUUCAUCGACAUUUUCCCCAAAUUGUUCCUUCUUUGUUCAAUCAGUAGUUGUUCGACGUCGAAAAUAGGGUUUUUCGCGGAAAAGGAAGUAAAGCAUUCUUCUUCGAAGCUCCAAGUAGUUGAAUUAGGGUUUUUCGCGGAAAAGGGUGUUGGUCGCAGACGAAUUUGCAAAGGAAUAAGAAAAUGGGAAGACACGAUGCUCGUGUGAAUUCAAAGCAUGUUUGUGGUGAAGAAUCAUCUUAUUCAAGGGUUGUGAAGAAAAGAAAAAGGGCCGCUGACGACUAUUAUGGUCUUCAAUCUGAUAGUGAAGAUGGUAACGACUCUCAAAAUUUCGCACAUUCUUCUUCCCAUAAAUCCUCAUCCCAUAAAUCCAGGGAUGACAGAAGAAGGAAACACCAUAAAUCUGAGAUGAUUGACCCUAGCAAAGGGGAGCUUGUGAAGGCUAGGUAUGAUGUUGUCAAUAUACAGGCGAGGAGGUGCAGGAAAGUAUGGUGUAUAUCUUGCAAGGUCCAAAUGUGAUAUGUAGGGUUGAUAUGUUUUACUUGAGGGUAAUCAAAUCUCUAGAUAAAAGCAGGAAGGAGGAAGUGAAGCUGAUGGGUUUUGGUGGGUUGCUGGAACUGAAGUUAAAUUAUUUGCCAAGGCAGUUAUGUUAUUGGAUAAUGUCAAGGAUUCAAAGUUGCGGUUCGAUAGAAUUUGGUGAUGAGCAGGUAAUGAUGUUGGCCCCAAUACAACUUCAAUGUAUAUUGGGGUUGCCAAUGGAAGAAAAAGUAGUUCCUUUGAAAGUAGAUAGGGAUGAUCGUGUUAUGGUGAAGAAGUUGGAUGGUAUUAUAAGGGAUUAUAGGGCUGGAGGGAAAAACGGUGAUCAAUUGUCUUUGGUAAAGGCAAUAGGUGUUGUGACUAAGGGGUUGGAUAAGGAUGGGAAUGAACUGCCUCUUGCUAAUGAUGCAGAGAAGAUGCAGUUCAGGAAUGCAUUUCUUAUUGUUGUAUUGGGUGCCUUGUUGUGUCCCACAACCAAAUGGGGCCUCUUGGCGAAGAAGCUUACACCAGCUAUUACAGUUGCUCGGCAUUCGGCCAAGUAUGAUUGGUGCACCAUGGUAUAUAAUUGGUUAAUAGACUGUGUGAAGGUGUUUGCAGAUAAGUUUGAUGAAAACGGGUUUGCUGCAGGCUGUGGUGGCUGCUCGUUGUUUGUAUUGGUGUUCUAUCUUGACCAUCUACACCGACCUCCUGUCAGGUGGGGUGUUUUACCAAGAAUAAAGGUGUGGACGGCGGUUGAAGUGACCAGGGCAACAAAAGAAGACAAAAGGAGGACGUCUGACGAUUACGGGAAGCUGAUGUGUGCCCCAGUUGCAUAUGGAGAGGAGGAUCAUCCAUAUGCAGUUCGAGACUCGUCAAGGACAUUAGUGCAGAAAGUGGCUGCUGAGGUGGUGAAUCUGUUAAAACCUCAACUGCAGAGUAUGGUCUCUGAGGCAGUGAGGAAUGAGGUCCAAUCUCCAAUCAAGACUAUCAUACCAUUGAGGAGGAGGACCAUCCUGAUCUCAGAUCUCACAAGGAUGAAGAGUUCAGAUCUCAUAAGGAGGGUGAGGAUGGAGUUGAUGAUAUCAUAUCUCCUCACAAGGAGGGUGAGGAUGGAGCUGAUGAUUUCUGAUCUCCUCACAAGGAGGGUGAGGAGAGAUCUGCGAAGAGUUCUGACAAUGACAAGGAUGAAGAGAGAUCUGGGAAGAAUUCUCCUGAAGACAUGGAUGAUGAGUCCAAGGAGAAGACUCCUAAAGACAGGGAUGAUGAGCCCAAGGAGAAGACUCCUAAAGACAGGGAUGAUGAACACAAGGAGAAUUCUCCAAAGCAGAGAGGUCCCAAAGGUCCCAAGCAGAAAGCUCCCACGGAUGGAGUGCCUGGUGAUGAACAAACUCCAGGUCGAGAUGAUGUACUGAGUGAGGGGUCAAUUGUGCGGCCACAUGGUUCGAACCGUAGAACAAGGGAGAAGAGACCUUUGGUGCCAACAAAUAUCAGUUUGGUUUCCGGACUAAAGAACACCACCAAACAAUCAAUUUUAGAGAAAAGGUUUAUAGAGUAUGUUCGUUCGUUUCGGUCAGUGCGGAGUGGAAGGCCAGGUCUAGCCCUUGUCCAAUGCAAUGGUGUUGAUGCCACCCUUAAGGAUUGCUACCAUCUUUUGAUGGUGAAGGAGUGCAUAAGUUCUAUCUACGUCCGUAUGGCUUCAAGAUUGUAUACAAAACGCUGGGAAGUUGAGCAAUUCAUUGGCAAGAGCCGUCGAGUCCUCAUGUCACCUGACUUCUCGAUAUGUGCUGUGUAUGCCCUUUCUCUGUUUCUUCUUGUUACAUAUUAAAUGGCUAAUGUGUUCUCUAUUUUAUUCGACACAAUCGAGCUCUGUGUUCUGUUGACAACUACCAGAUUGCCCUUCGGUACCGGAAUGCCAUAGCUAAUAUUCUACUUGGAGAAUUGCUAGUUAUAUUUGUACCUGUGUUAAAAAACGAUCAUUGGUGGUGUGCAGUGUUUGAUUUGCAAGCCAAGACAAGGUGGUACAUUGACACUAUGUACUCAGAGCCAUGGGUCGCUCACCAGUCUGAUUGCGUCUGUGUGACAAAUGCCGUGGAAGCACUGAUCAACUCCCUGCAUUCGCAAUGGAAGCUUGGACAAAUCACAGCGUGGCCUCAAAAGGCUAUACAAAUAUUGGAUAACACAAAUCAAUAAGUUUGCCAAUUUUAUGUUUCUGUUAAUAUUUAGCAUUAUGCUUUGAUGGUUUGUUUUGUUGUUACAUUAAUACAAGCUUCACUCGUCCAUUUUUAGCCGAUCAUGUGUAGUAUACAUGCUUGCGUGCAUAAAAGCCUGUGCGUAUCAGAUGCAAACGAAGUGGAGCAUUGUGAGUUCAUCUUUAUCCUCAUUCUUGUUGAGUUAAUCUUUAUCCUCAUUCUUGUUGAGGGUUGUUAAUUUGCAUCACUUUUAAGUCCAUACCGGCAUGUGUCUAUUGCGUAAAAGGACAAAAUUGAAGUGACACAGGAGAAAUUGCUCCUUGAUGAUGCAAUGUGCGAGUACAAUGAGAUCAAAGGGACCUUCCACACCAUCAUCCCGAAUGCCCACUCUCCUCAAAAGAUUUCACACACAGCAAUGAGACGCACAGCGAACAAGAUACACCAAUCAUGUGCUUAACUUCGUUGUUUUACGAUAUUGGCUCCCUAAACGAUUAACUUUGCUAUUAGUACAUUUUCAUGUCUGUUAAAAUUCUAAGUAUUACUCAUACUUAAGUUAUUGGCUCCCCAAUAGUAUCUAUUAUUUCCUAGUAGUAAACACAACAUUUUGGUUGAUCUACUUGGGAUAAGUAGUAUGCUACUUAUGCUCCAGUAGUACUAGGUAGUGGCUCAGUAGUUCUAAAAUCUACUAAAUGUACUACUUUUUGAUGAAUAUGUGCUACUUAAUAUUUGGUAGUUUGAA